AUGGAGCACAAGGAAAUGCUCCCCUGGAUGCUGCGGGAAGCGGCGCCGUUCGGCCUGGACAUCUACGGCAACGGGUGGCAGGAAUUCCCCGAGUUUUCAGAAUACUGGAGGGGGGUAUUGCCACAGGAAGACCUGGCGUUCGUCUACGGCAGCGCGCUAGCGGUCGUCGGGGUCACCACGGACGCCCAGCGCGGGAGCGGCAAGAUCAACAACCGGGUUUACGAGGCGCUGUCCGUUGGUGCGCCUCUCAUCUCCGACCAUUUUCCCGCUCUUGAGGCCACCUUUGGGGACGCGCUGCUCUACGCGAGGCGCCGCGGGGACGUGGCGCGGCAUAUCGAGAGUCUGCUGCAGUCACAGCAAGCCGUAGGAUGUGACAAUACCGAGGCGAGCAACCGGCGGCAGCGACGGGCUAUGAUCGAGGCCGGUCAUACUUGGAGCCAGCGGGUAGAGGAUAUCCUGUCGUUCGUGGGGUCGCUCCAUGGGAACAGCGCAGCCACCGCUUUCGUCGAAGAUGAAGGGGAAGGCGGCCGGGGUGAGGAGGCGGCGAGAUGUUCUCGGCAGAGGGGUUGCCUUACCGUCGCAAUAGUGGUCGACCACGAACUAGAGGGCGACAUCACGUUCGAAUCAACGUUCGUGCCAGCGGUAGACCUACUGCUCGGAUCGACAUAUCUCUUUAGCUGGUUCACGUCACCACAGCCGUGGGGUGGUGCGCGAGGCCCCAACAGGACCACAGCCGACCGAAUGUUGGAAAGGGAACAGGAGGAAGAGAACAAACAUAAAGCGAAUGGAGCAAGCUAUCGAAAAAGAAGGAUCAUGCGGCUGCCGCGCGAUGCCGAUUGCCUGAGCGAGUACGACGUAGUCUGGGCAACGGGGCGGUGGGGUGGAACGGCCGACCGUACCGUGCGGGAAUUGUUACAGCCGGCGGGCACAGCCGCUACCCGACGGGGAUCAACCUCUAGGCUCAUGGCCCAGCUGAAAGGGAUGGUGCUGUGGGGACCCCUUUGUACCCCCAGGACAGGCAGUGAGGCAGACGGAGAGGGGAGAGAGCCUGAGCCCGAUGUAAGAGAUUAUGGCAAGGGUUGCCCUGGAUAUGCUGGCCGCGAAGGGCUCCGCUGGUACGAUGUCGUCUACUGCCAGACGAACGGUGAACACGAUUUUUUGCUCCAACAAGCUUUCGAAGGGGAUGUUUCUGACAACCUCCAACAGGCCUGGGGAUACGGAAUUGCUCACGGCUCUCGGUCAAACGGUGUUCCUGUUGACGGCGACGGCGAUCAGGGGACGGCGGCUGUCAGCACCCACCCGCUUGACAUGCUUGUAGUCGGUACCGACGAUCAGGUCCCUGACAUGCUCCGCGUUCUCAACACACCAGGCCUGGGUCGCGUGGCCCUUUCUGUUGUGGUAACCCCGGGUGGCGCCGAUGCAACCGCCGCGGCUCGGCCUGGUCUCGCGUCGAUUCUUGCCGCCGCUGGAGUAGAUUCCAAGAUGCGGAUCGACGAUUUACCCCAAAGGCUUUCGGUGUACGUGGUUGAUUCAAGCGAGGGUUCUUCGUUCACGCCGCUGAUCACCGAGGUGUUUCUCGUUCACCGUGCCGCCGACGCCGACGCCCUCGCCGAGAUAUCCUCGAGGGCGGCAAAGGUAGCGGUUCUGGCCGUCGGACAGCUCGGAGCGUGGGCCGUCGUGGUCAGCACCUCUGAGGUGCAUGAGGCUCGGUGGCGCAGGAGGUUUGAUGUAAGAGAAUUCGAUAUUGGUGAUAGCGAUCGCCUUCGAGCUCUGAUCCAGGAGCGACCGGCGGCCUGGGACGCUGAUUACUACUCACGUCGCUUGGUCGCUGGAAUGACCCGCGCGCUCUGUCUGGGUCGAGGGAACAGCCGGAUUUCGUUUGUGCGUCCGGCCAGCGAGAGUCCCGCAGAAGUGGUCGGUGCUAUCAACACGUCAAUCACCGUGGAGGUGCUCGUGGGGGAUUUUCACGUAGGGAGGGAUGGAGAGUGGUGCAUCACCGUCCAGGGGCGAACGGCGCUGUGCGUUUUGCAAAAUGUUUUUGUGGUGGACAUACAUGUAUCGUCGUCGGCAAGCAAGAGCGAUUGGGAAGGUGUCUUGGCGACCGCCGGACUAAAGUCGGGGAAACAAGACGACAGCAAGCGGGAAAAUGGCGUUGAAACCUGCACGAAGGGAACAAUUUGCGCGAGACAACUACAGCAGGGCUUCGUCCGCGUUGAGGUCCGGGCCGAGCUUCGAAGCAACAUGUAUAAAGAUGUCUUGCAGCGAUCGAAACCGUUCUAUAUGUACAUAGAUCCAAUAGGUGCCGAAUUGGCAGAUGUGAGGUGUGCUGAUGAUAGGAAUGCCUCUUUCGUUGGUGACGAAGUGGGACGCGGUGCGUUCCAAACUUCGAUAGACGUUUGGGAGUAUCUAGAAAGUGGCAGCAUAGUAGCGCUUGAAGUCGCUAGACCGUACGGAAAGGACACGCUAUCACAUCGAGAAGAAGUUAUUACAACGUGA